AGGAGGGCGACGUGACGGGAGGACUCAAAACAGAAGCUCUCAGGACUACAGCACAGAGAGAGGGAAGGGAAACAAAAAAACCGGAUCAUAUCUAGAGCACAUUUGGAGGUUUCAGCAGUCGGAUACGUGGUGCGGACUGUUACGCACGACAGCGUUUUUCCCUGCAGUAAAAUCAGCCUGAGUUUUUUUGGACAGGAGGCGCACGGCUUGCCUGCUCUUCCUCGUCAGAAAAAAAGAGGGUUUAAAGCGGGGAGGUUUACGGAGCAGCGGACUGAAGGCACAGUGGAGGAGUUGGGAUGUCCUGAGUCAGUCCUGUGGGCCCAGAGAGCGGUGUGCUGAUGGGACCUGCUGCGCCACCAUGAGCUUACAAGAUGGCGGCUGCAGCUACGCUAGCAGCGCCAACAUGGCCACCGCUAGUGGCAGCAUGCGGCGGCGCCUGGAGGACCAGGAGUUCACCCUGCGCGUCUACCCGGGCGCCCUGGCUGAGGGCACCAUCUAUUGCCCCGUCAGUGCCCGCAAGAACACCACAGCUGCUGAAGCCAUCGAGUGCCUCAUCGACCGGUUGCGCCUGGAGCGUACCAAAUGCUACGUAUUGGCUGAGGUGAAGGAGUUUGGCGGGGAGGAAUGGAUCCUCAACCCCGGCGACUGCCCUGUCCAGCGGAUGAUGUUAUGGCCACGAAGCGCCCUGGAGAAUCGCAGUGGUCUGGGCAGCUGUGACGACUACCGCUUUCUCCUGCGAGAAAAGAACUUGGAUGGAUCUAUCCAUUAUGGCGGCAGCCUGCAAAUGUGGCUGCGGGUGACUGAGGAGCGUCGGCGCUUGGUGGAACGGGGUUUCCUCCCUCAGCCUGCAGGGAGCGACCCUCCGUCCGACCUCUGCGCUCUCCCGGAGCUAACAGAGCGCGCCCUUUUGGAAAGUCUCCGUGCACGUUUCCGCCAGGAGAAGAUCUACACUUACAUUGGGAGUAUUCUUAUUGUGAUUAACCCAUUCCAGUUCCUACCAAUCUACAAUCCUAAAUAUGUCAAAUUGUACGACAACCACACACUGGGGAAGCUGGAGCCCCACAUUUAUGCUGUGGCGGACGUGGCGUAUCAUGCCAUGCUACAGCGAAGGAAGAACCAGUGCAUAGUCAUUUCUGGUGAGAGCGGGUCUGGGAAGACCCAGAGCACCAACUUCCUCAUUCAUCACCUGACUGCACUCAGCCAGAAGGGGUUCGCCAGCGGGGUGGAGCAAAUCAUUCUGGGAGCUGGGCCUGUGUUAGAGGCCUUUGGGAACGCCAAGACAGCCCACAACAACAACUCUAGCCGCUUCGGCAAGUUCAUCCAGGUCAACUACCAGGAGAGUGGCACUGUCAGGGGAGCCUAUGUGGAGAAGUACCUGCUGGAGAAAUCACGUCUGGUUUACCAGGAGCACAAUGAGAGGAACUACCAUGUGUUCUACUACCUGUUGGCUGGGGCCAGUGAAGAGGAGAGGAAGUCCUUCCACCUGCUUAAACCUGAGGAAUACCACUACCUCAACCAGCAGGACUGCUUCACAGUGGAAGGAGAGGAUCUGAAACACGACUUCGAGCGGCUGCAGCUGGCCAUGGAGAUGGUCGGCUUCCUGCCCACCACGCGCAAACAGAUUUUCUCCCUGCUGUCAGCAAUCCUCCACCUGGGAAACAUCCGUUACAAGAAGAAGACCUACAGGGACGAUUCAAUCGACAUCUGCAACCCAGAGGUCCUGCCCAUUGUCUCAGAGCUGCUAGAGGUAAAGGAGGAGAUGCUGCUUGAAGCGCUGACGACCAGGAAAACUGUGACUGUCGGAGAGAGGCUCAUCGUGCCCUACAAACUUGCUGAGGCGGGCACGGUGAGGGACUCCAUGGCCAAGUCACUGUACAGCGCACUGUUUGACUGGAUUGUGUUCAGGACCAACCACGCCCUGCUAAACAACAAGGAUCUGGAGGACAGUUCAAAGAUCCUGUCUAUAGGAGUCCUGGACAUCUUUGGCUUUGAGGAUUAUGAGAACAACAGCUUUGAACAGUUCUGCAUCAACUUCGCCAACGAACGACUCCAGCACUACUUCAACCAACACAUCUUUAAAUUAGAACAGGAGGAGUACAGGGCAGAAGGCAUCAGCUGGCACAACAUCGAUUACAUUGACAACAGCGGCUGCAUCAACCUCAUCAGCAAGAAACCGACAGCUCUGUUCCACCUGCUGGAUGAAGAGUGCAAUUUCCCCCAGGCUUCCAAUCAGACCUUGCUGGACAAGUUCAAGCGUCAGCACGAAGGAAACAGCUACAUCGAGUUCCCUGCUGUCAUGGAGCCUGCCUUCAUCAUCAGACACUACGCUGGUAAAGUCAAGUAUGGAGUCAAGGACUUCAGGGAGAAGAACACUGACCACAUGCGUCCCGACAUCGUGGCCUUGCUGAAGAGCAGCAAGAACGCCUUCAUCUGCGGCCUGAUGGGAAUCGACCCCGUGGCGACUUUCCGCUGGGCCGUGCUGCGAGCUUACUUCAGAGCCCUGGUGGCUUUCAGGGAGGCCGGCCGCAGACACACCCACAAAAAAACUGGGAAUGAUGCAGCAGUUCCCUGUUCUGUCGCCAAAACUGUAGACAGCUUCAGUUUCCUCCACCACCCGGUUCACCAGAGGAGCCUUGAGAUCCUUCAAAGAUGCAAAGAUGAGAAAUACAGUAUCACAAGAAAGAAUCCCCGGACUCCUUUAUCAGAUCUUCAAGGCACCAACGCCCUGAAUGAGAAAGCCAGCUGGGAUGGCUACGGCGUUGGCUGUAACGGUCGCAGCUCCAGGUCGAGUCGUCUCUCCUCGACGGGAAGUCCUGCCCUGGAAGAAGACGGGAUCUUCCUCAACUCGACCAACAGCAAGCUCCUGGAGAGAGCUCAGGGUAUCCUACUGAGAAACAAAAACUGCAAAAGCAAGCCGACCCUUCCCAAGCACUUGUUGGACGUUAAGUCUCUGCGCUACCUGAGCAGUGUGACGCUGCACGACCGCAUCACCAAGUCUCUGCUUCACCUGCACAAGAAGAAGAAACCGCCCAGCAUCAGCGCACAGUUCCAGGCGUCCCUCAAUAAGCUGAUGGAGACUCUUGAUCAGUCAGAGCCGUAUUUUGUAAAGUGUAUUCGAUCCAACGCUGAGAAGCUGCCGUUGCGUUUCAAUGACAGUCUGGUGCUCAGACAGCUCAGAUACACAGGUAUGCUGGAAACUGUCCGGAUCCGCCAGUCAGGAUACAGCAUCAAGUACACCUUCCAGGACUUUGUGCAUCACUUUCAUGUGCUGCUGCCUCGAGGCACGAGUCCAACCAAGUCAGGUAUCAGGGAGUUUUUCAGACGGAUCCACCUGCUGCCUGCUGGGUAUCAAGUGGGCCACACGAUGGUGUUUCUGCGGGAGGUGGAGCGACAGCGACUUCAGACCCUCCUCCAUCAAGAGGUCCUACGGCGAAUCAUCACUCUACAACGCCGCUUCAGGGCCGUCCUGGAGAGGAAGCACUUUGUCAACAUGAGACGAGCUGCCUGUACCAUCCAGCGAUGGUGGCGAUGCUGUCUCCUCAAACAGUCUGCCAUCGACUCGAGUAUUGAGGAGGGGGCGGCGGUUUGUUUGCAGGCGGCCUGGAGGAGUUUCGUGCAGCGCAGGAGGUUCCUGCAGUGGCGGGACUCUGCCAUCGUCAUACAGAGGAGCUGGAGAAACUGCUGCCAUCGCAGAUCUUCGGCGGCUGUAACUGUUCAGACAGCCUGGAGAGGAUUCAGAGAGAAGAGCCGCUACUGUCGGACGUACAGGACUGUGAUGCAGCUGCAGACGAUGGGAAGAGGAUACCUGGCUCGACUCAGGUUCAGAGAACUGAAGGAGCAGCAUAAAAGACUACAGAGUCCUGCAGUAGAGAUGGAUUCAGGCACCAUGGAGGACCUCACCUCACUGGGACAGGAAAGUUAUGUCCAGGACGUCUCUGCAGAACUUUCAGAAGACUUAAAGCCAGUUUUGUUCGAUGUGGGAGAAACAGAAAAAGAAGAGGAGUCAGAGCGAAGUAGGAGUGUAGAUGAGACAAGCCAUAAGAACCGCACAAAACGAGAGAGCAGGCGCAUGAGAGAGCUGGAGCAGGCUCAGUUCAGCUUGGAGCUGUUGAAGGUCCGAACCACCAGUGUAGGAGGCCCUGCGCAAGAAGACUCAGCACCAGACAGCGGCUCCUGUCAGCUGGAGGAGCAUCACAGACAUUCACCAGCCAGUCAUGGAAGUUUUGAACUGCUCAGUGUAGAAGACAUGGAGACUGAAGGCUCAGGGGGUUUUAGUUCCCAGUCGACAGCACCUCAAGAACAGGCUCUAGAUAUUCAGCCACACGAGGGACUGAGAGAUUCAAACUAUAAUGAAAAGCCUUUAAUGGAGGGUCCCAGGGCAACAUUUUAUAUCGCUUCUGACCAAAGUCCAGUUCAUGAGCCAAAAUUCGAAAGCCCCAGCAAAUCUUACAAAGAGAGAAGGGAGUCCACGUCUCGAAGGCCGGUAGUGGUUUUAAUCAGUAUGCAGAAGGAGAGCCCUGUGGAGGAGGGAGAGCUGCUGGCAGCCCAAAUCUUAGAAGGAGCUCCUCAAACAGGAGCAGCAUCUUCCAGUUCUCAAAUGACCCCCAUUGUAGGCCUGGAGGUGGGAUCAGAGGGCGAGCAGGCUCAUGGGACUUCUAACCAGGCCAAGAGAGACAUAUAUGGGGUGGAUAAGUCCUCUAAGGUCCCCUCUUCAACCACUCAUGGAUCAAGUCCAGACAUACAGGGGAUUUGCUCCUCAGAGGUGGACAUCCAGAUCGUCCUGGAGCCCAAGCCCGCUGUUCUCCCCAGUCAGCAGGAGAGGAACGUGGUCCAGCCUCUACAGGAGGCUCCCAGCCCAGUCCUGGACACCAAACCACCCAAAGCCCAGAAGAAGAGCUCAGCCCAGACUGUGAUUGUGAACAUGGUGGAGAAACCAUCCAGCACAGUGUUCUCCCCACCCAGACGCAAGCUGCCAUUCUCCAAGUCAGAUAAGGAUUUGGUGAACCAGGAAAGAUCUCUCGCCAUGUUCAGAGACGACUCUAAAUCUGGUGGAUCCAGAAACAGAGAGGUGGGCCGUCCGGGCCCCAAAAAGAAAGCUCGAAUGUCCCGGACACGCUCCGACUUCCUCACCCGCUGUAACUCUGAGGGGGCGACCCAGUCAGACGACGACGACGAAUACUACAUCCCCGCCCACUCCCGCACGCUGCCCCCCUCCCUGUCUCCCCCACACGCCCACCCCGAGGCUGACUGUCACAGUGACUCAGAGAUGGCUUCUCAUAAAGACCAGAAGAAGAUCCAUAAGACCAUGUCAUCAGGAGACCUGGGCAAGGUGGAGGUCCUCAGAAAGACCUCCAGUCACGAUGGAAGCAGGAUGAGAGGGAAGAUGCGAUUCUGGAGUAAGACGAAGCACGGAGAGAAAAAACUGUCAAGAGAGAAGCAGGCGAGCAGGAGUGAAGCCGGAGAGACACACGAAGGCCCGUCUCCUCCUCACAGUCCGGACCUGGAGGCGGCUCCUUCUCGGGGGGUCAGGGACAGCAAGGAGAACAAGGAGCCGUCUCCCAAAAUGAGGCGUCGUCGCAGUGUGAAGAUCAGCAGCAUCGCUCUGGAGCCCGCCCAGUGGCAGAACGACGCUUUGCACAUCCUCACGUCGGCCCACGACUACCGCAGCAUGAACGACUUCCUCAUGAAGAAGAUUGCUGACCUGGACUCUGAGGAUGGUAAGAAGGACACCAUGGUGGAUGUUGUCUUCAAGAAAGCGCUGAAAGAGUUCAGGAUCAACAUCUUCAACUCGUACUCCACCGCUCUGGCCAUGGAUGAUGGGAAGAGUAUCCGUUACAAAGAUCUUUACGCCUUGUUCGAGCACAUCCUGGAGAAGACCAUGCGCAUGGAGCAGCGAGACUGGAGCGAGUCGCCGGUCAAAGUGUGGGUGAACACCUUCAAGGUCUUUCUGGAUGAAUUCAUGACUGAGUACAAGCCAAUGGAGGGAACCAUCGGCAGGGCUCCUAAGCGUGAACGCAAGAAGUCGAGGAAGAAGGAAACUGACAUUGUGGAAGAACACAAUGGCCACAUCUUCAAGUCCACCCAGUACAGCAUCCCCACCUACUGCGAGUACUGCUCCUCUCUCAUCUGGAUGAUGGACCGAGCCUGUGUCUGCAAAUUGUGUCGCUACGCCUGCCACAGGAAGUGCUGCUCCAAGAUGACGACCAAGUGCAGUAAAAAGUAUGAUCCGGAGCUGUCGUCUCGGCAGUUUGGUGUUGAGCUCUCUCGCCUGACCAGCGAGGAGCGAACGGUGCCGCAGCUGGUGGAGAAACUCAUCAACUACAUCGAGAUGCACGGCCUCUACACCGAGGGGAUCUACAGGAAGUCGGGCUCCACCAAUAAGAUCAAAGAACUCCGUCAGGGGCUUGACACAGAUGUGAACAGUGUGAACCUGGACGACUACAACAUCCAUGUCAUUGCCAGUGUUCUCAAACAGUGGCUGCGUGACCUGCCCAGCCCUCUCAUGACCUUUGAACUGUACGAGGAGUUCCUCAGGGCCAUGGGUCAGCCAGACAAGCGGGAAGUGAUCCAAGGGGUGUAUUCGGUGAUCGACCAGCUCAGCAGGACACACCUGAGCACACUGGAGCGCCUCAUCUUCCAUCUGGUCAGGAUCGCUCUGCAGGAGGAGACGAACAGGAUGUCAGCCAACGCCCUCGCCAUCGUUUUUGCUCCCUGCAUCCUUCGCUGCCCUGACACCAUCGACCCGCUGCAGAGCGUUCAAGACAUCAGCAAGACCACUGCGUGUGUGGAGCUGAUCAUCAACGAGCAGAUGAGGAAGUACAAAGCUCGUCUGAAGGACAUCAGCAGUCUGGAGUUUGCAGAGAGCAAAGCCAAGAGCAGACUGACCCACAUCAGGAAAUCCAUGAAACCUGUACUAAUUGCUGUUAGGUUUAUGAGCAUUACCCGCACUGCCACCCCGAGCAAAGGUCGUGUUCGACAGAGCAGCACCCACACACCUUCGCCUCCUCUCAGCCCCCGAGCACCUCCUGAGGUGGAUGGAGAGAGUGCAGGAGGAGGUGGAGGCGGAGGCGGAGGAGGAGGAGGAGGAGGAGAGGAUGCAGCAGAGGCUGGGCUGAACGAGCAGCAGCAGCUGGCGAUGCAGCAGGAGGAGCGAAUCCUCACCGAGCAGAUCGAGAGUCUGCAGAAAGAGAAGGAGGAGCUGACGUAUGAGAUGUUGAUCUUGGAGCCACGGGCGUCUGACGAUGAGACUCCUGAAUCUGAGGCCUCCAUCGGGACAGCAGACAGCUCUGAAAAUAUCACCAUGGAGACCAAGGGAGCCAGCUCCGACCCCUCAGAUCGCAGCACUUAUCGCUCCAGAAAGUCGGAGGUGAAGAGCAGACGAGCUCUGCGCCGACAGCCAGACUCCCAGGACUCAGCAGACUCCACCUCCACCAUCUCUUCCUCCUACCACCCCUCCUCCUCUCUCUCGUCCAACGCCUCCGGCUCUCCGUCCCCUCACUACCGGUUCCGCUCCUCCUCCUCCGGGCCCCUACUCACCUCUUGCGGUUUGGGGACCCCGUUGGCCGAGGCAGAGGGGGGUCACAGAUCUGGCAAGACCCAGCACAGACUCAGGCUGAGCCGCAGUUCACCACGCGAGCCCUCGGGAAGCCACCGGAGGGAGUCGGACUUCAGCUCUGGGCCACAGCAGCUGGUUCUGUACGGCAGCAACGAGUUCAUGGUGUGAAGCCGAGGAGGGAAGGAACGCCAACCGCAGCCUGUCCAAGGGCAGGAGGGUGUGCGAGAAGGGGAGGAGGGAGAGUCCGGGGUUGGACGAGGCUGGUCACGGGGCGAGGUUCAUGCUCAGUGUCGCCUGCUGCCCCUCCUCAGCACCCACCCCCCUCCUCCCCCUAGUCCAGUCAAAGCAGAAAGCUGUGAGAAUAAAAGAUGAGAAGACUGGAAAUGUUACACAGAGGGACAAAACAACAGAUGGUCAGAGGAGGGAGGCUGAUGACUAAAAUGUGAAUAAAAGAAGGAGUGAAUUGAAAAGUUUGUUGACCCUCUGAUCUCAGUGCUGUUCAACCCCUGCUGGAGCACCGGGGGUCAGUUAGAGGAGAGAGAAGAAGAAGCAGAAGGGAGUGAGGGGUCGUGAGACACAGACAAAAAAAAACCCCCACACCUGCAAAGCCAAAUCUUAUAGUGCCCUGUCUUUAUUUUUUAGCAUGUGGGCAGGUGGUUAAAGCCACCCAGAAGAAAUGUAGCCAUACUGACUGAACUGGCGGACAUUUUGUCUGUAACCAGCGCCAAGCUAAGUCUGCUUUUCACGUUUACACAGGACACACCAGCCAAGAGGCUGCAUGCUUCUCUAUCACACUUUUUCCUACGUCAGUUUGAAGAAACUGUACAGAAACAUGUCACAGCUACAUAUUAUUAUUAUUAUUAUUAUUAUUAUUAUUAUUAUUAUUAUUAUUAUUAUUAUUAUUAUUAUGUUACAGAGGAAAAAAAGUGUACAUAGGAAGAAAAUCCAGUGCUGCUCCUGGGUCGUUCAUUGUUGAUGAGUCUCUUUUUCCUGUUCUAUGUUUUGCAAAGUGAAGUGUCUUGAAAUCAGGUUCCACUUAUGUUGUUCGGUUUCCUGUCGUUUGAUUUUUCUCUUUUCCCUUCACAAUGAACAGAGCCAGUUUUGGGUGUCCUCGGGUUCUACUCUUGAGAAAUAAUAGAAGGAAAAGCUGUCGAUGUAUGCUACGUGCGCGCCACGCGUGUCAGAUGCCAGUCAGCCAUAAGUGUUUUGUACCUUCCUUUCCCUGCGAGCUCUCUUUUUUCUUUCAGUUUUAUUCACAAACAUCAGUGUUACUUUGCCAGGACUUGAAUUUUUUUAUUAUAUAUAUUAUUGCUGUAUUAUAGGUGUUGUUGCUGAUAUCAAGGAUAUCAUGUUUUUGUUGUCAAUAUUGUUUCAUGGUUUAUUUUUGUUCAGAUGAAAGCCAUUUUUUCUUUCCUGUUUGUGUGUUUGUGUGUGUGUGUUUGUGUGUGUGUGUGUGUGGGUGUGCGCAUGUAUGUCUGACUGAAUAAUUCCUGCCACUGUAUCAGCUUCCACUUUGUACAUGUGUAGUCACCUCUACACACACAUACACUAGUGUUUCCCCUGAAAUAUUAUUCUUAAAAGGGUGUAAAAUCUCUGCAAGCAUCAAGUGACACUAAAACUAACUCAGACUUUGCAAAAUAUUUCCGAGGUUCAUUGCACAUGUGGGGAAACUCUUGCACUCACUGACUCACUCAGACCAUCCAUGUUGUCCUCUGAGCCAUCCACAAUACUUUCUCCUCCUUCUACUCCUUCUUUUUUAACAGACGUAACAGUAGCUCUUCCAUCCUCUUCUCUCCCGACUCUGGCUGUGAAAAGUAGCAUUUAAUCUGCCUGUUAACCAGACAAAAACAAGUAGCACCUAACUCAGACCGUCCUCGUGUUUCUACAUAACCUUACUAUCUUUCUCUGUCUCUGUCCAUGCAGUAUCAGUGUAAUAUUCAGUUUUAUGGGCCUACUCAGUAGCUUAACAGCAAUGAUGUCUCUGUACUAAAGCUGCAAUAUCUCUCCUUGCUUGCUGCGUCUGUGAUCAGAUACUUUUGGGCGACUCAUGCUCCGAUCUCACUAAACACAAUCAGUGUUAAUCAAUUUUUCCUUGAAGCUGGAAGUCUCAGUGAAGACUGCGCUGAUCUCAGUUUUAAUGCAGGUGUGGAGACUUGCAAUGUGUUGUCUUUUUUAUAUAAAAUUAACUGUAGACCUGUUUAGACAAAAAAAAAAAAAACAACAAUUUCAGUUUCAGAGGUGAGCUGAAAGGACAAAACUGAUUCCAGGUCAAAUAUCUUUAAGCUGGUAUUUGAAGGGACGGUAUUUGUACAUGUCCAGCCUGUCUAUAUGGCAUUCUGCAUAAAAACAUAAAAAAAAAAGAAAAAGAAAAAAAAGUGAAUGUACCUGUCACUGGAAGGCAUGCUCUGCUUUCUCUGGUUGUUUUUGUUCCUCUUUUAUACACAGUGUAUGUACUAUUUAUGAUCAUGCUUUUGGGGUGUACAUUGGUUUAAAAGAAUCUGUUAUAAAAGGUGUUAUAAAAGGAUAUAUUAUCCUGUGUACGGUUCAUUAUCUACUAUUAAUCAUGGCAACAGUUUAACGGGCCACACUCGGCCUGUAUUGUUUGUGCUAGGAAGGGGGGAAAAAAAAAAGAAAAGCAUUGUGUCUCUUUGUCUGCGCCACUCUGGACACAAUUAUGUAUAAGGUGCAAUUUGUGUUAUAUUUCUUUUUUUAAUGAUACAAACAUUGUCUAUGGUUGUAAGAAAAAAAAGACUUUAUGGGGGAAAAUUCAUCUGCUUAUUAAAAAAGCAAAACUGCAGCCACA